UUGACUGAGGCAUUAUGGGACAAGUCUGAAAUGAAGGAAGGCCAUGCAAUUGAUCGAGUUGAGUUGCAGGAGCUCUAUUUCAGUAUGACAGUAAUGAUCUUCUCUCUAACUCUCGGAACUCUUGUUGGCAAUCUUUGGACAGAGCUUGAUUGGCUUCCACAGCUUGGUAUCUUCCAUGCGCUUGUAGGGAUUGGGGCGCUUCUUUCCCGGAUUUGGCAUAAACUCAAUCAAUGCCCUUCUGAUCCAAAAGAGCGUGUACAUCGUUCGCGUCUCUACAUUGCUUUGCUGGCUUUGGGGUUUUGCCUUGGACGUUUGUGUAGUUAUUUGUUGCCAGUGAUAGCACCGAGAUUGCUUGCUCCGUUCGUGAUUGCCUUUUUGGUGAAUUUAAAGAAUAUAGUUUUAAAAGCUCUCUCCAAUCUCAUUUUCAGAUUGAUAACAAGCUGA